UCAUAUAUAAAUACAGAGCCAAAGAUGCAGCUUUCCUUUCUGCAGAGUGGCGCCCUUUAUGGAUUAUAAUCUGGCCAAUCAAAUCCUGCCUGGUAACAAACUACUGAGGAUCAAAAGGAACCUUACAUUUUAGAGAAACAGCUAACCCCAGAAUUAGGAAACAUGGUGGGACUUAAACCCUCAGAUGUUCCCCCUCCACUGGGGGUGAAGAUGGCGAGUGCUGGGGCUGCAGCCUGUGUAGCUGACCUUUUCACAUUUCCUCUGGACACAGCCAAAGUCAGACUACAGAUUCAGGGAGAGAUGAAGGGAGUGGAAGGCAUCCGCUACAGAGGGGUGUUUGGGACAAUCAGCACCAUGAUCCGCACAGAGGGGCCCAGGUCUCUGUACAACGGGCUGGUAGCGGGGCUGCAGAGGCAAGUGUGCUUCGCCUCCAUCAGAAUCGGCCUCUACGACAAUGUCAAAAAUUUCUACACUGGUGGCAAAGACAAACCUGGUGUACUGGUACGUAUUCUGGCUGGCUGCACUACAGGCGCUAUGGCGGUGUCUUUCGCACAACCCACUGAUGUGGUCAAGGUUCGAUUCCAAGCUCAGAUGAACCUGGAUGGUGUGGCUCGUCGGUACACUGGCACAAUGCAAGCCUACAAACACAUCUUCCAGAAUGAGGGCAUACGCGGACUCUGGAAAGGCACACUACCCAACAUCACAAGAAAUGCGCUCGUCAACUGCACAGAGCUGGUUACAUACGACCUGAUCAAAGAGGCCAUCCUUAGACACAACCUGAUGUCAGACAAUCUGCCUUGCCACUUUGUAUCUGCCUUUGGUGCCGGCUUUGUCACCACGGUGAUCGCUUCCCCAGUAGAUGUGGUGAAAACUAGAUACAUGAACUCACCACCGGGCCAGUACAAGAGUGCUAUCAACUGUGCCUGGACCAUGAUGACUAAAGAGGGGCCGACGGCUUUCUACAAAGGAUUUGUUCCCUCAUUUCUGAGGUUGGGAUCGUGGAAUGUUGUGAUGUUUGUCUCAUUCGAACAAAUCAAGAGAGCCAUGAUGGUCACAAAGAAGAAGAUUGAGGACAGAAAUUGAGAUUCCCAUUUCAAAAUUUGGCUGAAAAAUCUGAACCACCACUGGGUUGGAACGUCGCUGAAGAAAUAUCAAUUCACAUUUUAGUUUUAUUCUUUUUGUCUUGUGGUGACAAAAGAAGACAAUCCUUUGUUGAAUUGAUGUACAAUGAAAUGCAGUUCUAUCUUUAUAUUUAUAAUUUUUCAUAAUGAACCCAUUCGAAAUUUCAUGGGAGUGAAUGGUGCAAACACUAGGUUGUUGUUACCCUCCUUUGGGAAGCUGAGUUUGCACUUUAAAUCUAUAUUGGCCUUUUAUACAGUUAAGGUUGUAUAAAUGGCAGUGCACCUUUAAAUAAUACUGGUGCCCAUUAAAUGUCAAACAUGUUUACAGUAUGUGAACUCUAAAUAUAUUUGACUUGUUUUACA